AUGGAGGACAGCUUCAUUACCCUGUCCACCCACCCAAUUAGGAGCCAGAUGGCGCUUCUGGCCAAUCAAAUAAUGGAUGCACGGAUUCUAAGCAGUAUGAACGGGAGGGCAGAGCUUUCCCAGUUCUUGAGAGUUACCAAUCCGAGCAUGAUCCCCCAGGUAAACGCCACCCAGGACGACAACCGCAAGAACAGGAAGUACCCCUGUCCGCUGUGUGGGAAGCGUUUCCGCUUUAACAGCAUUCUCUCUCUGCACAUGCGCACACACACCGGGGAGAAGCCCUUCAAGUGUCCGUACUGUGACCACAGGGCUGCACAGAAGGGCAACCUGAAGAUACACCUCCGCACUCACAAGCAAGGCAUUCUGGGUAAAGGCCGAGGCCGAGUUAGGGAGGAGAAUAGACUGCUCCAUGAGCUUGAAGAGAGGGCGAUACUUAGGGACAGGCAGACCCGAGGGGUUGUUAACCAACAAACACCCAAUCUAAACCAGCUUCAGCUCUCACAGAUGGUCACACAGCCUCAGUUUAUACCUCCCUCUGCUGCUGCAGAGACACAACCCAACACAUCCUCAUCUCCGACUGUGACCACUCUCCCUGAGGACCCCGUCCUGCCCCAGCCUAACGGAUACCGCUGCUCCUUCUGUAAGGGCAAGUUCAGGAAGCAGCAGGAGCUCGAACGCCACAUCAGGAUUCUGCACAAACCGUACAAAUGCACUCUGUGUGAGUUUGCUGCCUCACAAGAGGAGGAGCUGAUUGGCCAUGUUGAGACUACACACAUAACUGCUGAGUCAGCAUCAGGGCAGAAGCCUGCGAUGGCAGCAGGAGACAAGAGGAAGCCUAUGGGUGAGUUCCCCUGUGAGGUGUGCGGGCAGACCUUCAGCCAGGCCUGGUUCCUGAAGGGUCACAUGAGGAAACACAAGGACUCGUUCGAACACUGCUGUCAGAUCUGCGGCAGACGCUUCAAAGAGCCCUGGUUUCUCAAGAACCACAUGAAGGUGCACCUCAAUAAGCUGGCUGCAAAGCGGACUCUCCCCUCUGAGCGUGACCCAUCUGUUAACAUGAGCCACCUGACUCCAGACCAUCAGAGCAACGUCUACUCCCAGUACAUCUCCCGCAUCCACAACAGGUUCCUCACGGCUGAGAUGGCCGAACGUCAAGAUUAUAACUCCAUGUUUUCGUCCGCUGGCAUCGACAUGAAGGUCAGGGAGAUGUUAGGGAGGAUGAUUUCCUCAGGUCCAGGUUUGACAGAAGCAGAAAGCUCCUCUUUGUUGGCUUUAAAUCAUCCCCACCAUCCACCCAGCUCCACCAGCAUGGAGUACCUGCAGAAAGUCAUGUCCAACAGAGAAACACUCAGCAGCAGUAGCAGCUACCCAGGCUGGCAGAUCAUGACACCAGGUCUGCCUGUGGAUCAGCAGAUAUUCAGCCCUAAAGAGCAGCAGUGCUCCUCAUUCCUGUCUGAGAGAUGCCUCCCUGUGGAUGAGGGGAAAUUGUGUCUCACUGACCCAGACACAAAGGCCAUCAGCAGACCGGGCAGCCCUGGCAGUGUGACUCAUCAUGGACCAGCAGGGACCAACACAGAGAUCGGGAACUCCCUCUCUGACAGCACCCUCGACCAUCGACCAAAAUCCUCCUCUCCAGCUGCAGGUGAGAAAGUCUACAGGUGUCCGCUCUCCUCUGACUACACCGCUGCACAGUCCACCUCCCUCGGCUUCCAUCUGGAUCGCUACCACUUCCCCUCCUGGCAAACCAGCAGGGACCUCUCCUCUCCGCUGCAGCCCACCAGCAGCAGCUCCAGCCCCAACCCCAACCCUAAACUCAGACCCAGGUCCAGGGACGAUUGGAGCCCAGCUGCAGGUCUCUAUCAUGGUCUGGAGAGCCACGGUGAGAACUCCCUGCUCAUUAACAAGCCGUCCGACCGCUCUGACAAAGACGCAGGAGGAGAGAUCUCUUUAUCUGCUCGAACCAGGAAGUCCCAGUAUGAGCCUUUGGAUCUGUCAGUCAGGCCUGAGACUGUCACGUCUCAAUCAGCGCAGAUGUCUGCCGUUUUGAGUAAUGGACUCUCCUCCUCCUCCUCCGUUACCCGCCGGCUGCAAAGUUACUUGAACACUGCAGCUGAGCUCGGUGUGAAACCCUCUUAUCAGUGUGACCUUUUGGUUCAGGGAACAAAAGAAGACAUGAACACUCAGAAUGCAGAUGCUGAAGGUGAAUUUGAGAAAUCAGAGCUGGAGAGGGAGACUGAAAAUGAUGAGGCUGUCAAGUGGAAGAUGCUGAAAAACAACGUCCUCAAACCAGAGGAGCUGGGACAGACCGAGGCUGACUUCCAGCAGCUCGACGAGCAGGGGCCUUGGGGCCGAGCCAUGUCUGAAUCUCCCAUCUCUUCUCUGGAGAACCUGACUCCAGGACAGGCCGACCACCUGCAGCAGCAGCAAGGCAGCCUUCUCUCCUUCCUCAGGACUCAGGGGAACCUGAGUGGAUCACCUGCAGGAACACACAAAGCCAGCGUGAACGGGGGAGGGGACACAGAGAGGGAUGUUGCAUCAGCUCGGAAGCCCUUCCAGUGCAGGUACUGCCCCUACAGCGCCUCCCAGAAGGGCAACCUGAAGACGCACGUCCUCUGCGUCCACCGUAAACCCUUCGACAACAGCCUUUACCCUGACCGCCGCCUGCGCCGCUCACACGCGCCCCAGAGGCCCUCCAGACUGCCUCCAAGCAUCACGGGAGAUAACCGAGUGCAGGGGAGAGACAAGAUUGGCAUGACAUCGCUCUGCGGGACUUGAUGUUGUCAUGGCAACAGCAGACACAGACAGUUAUGAUUAUUGUUUUAGCUUCACCUCGACCGGGUUAGGAUGAUUGAGAUUGUUAAAAAAAAAUGUUAACAACCAACCUUGAUGUACAUUCCAGUGUUUACUUGAAGAGCCACAGUGCAUAUUUAUCUGUAGCAAAGGAGCUGCCUAUAAUAAUAAUAAUAAUAAUAAUAAUAACAAUAAUAAUAAUAAAGUCCAUGUGAUGUGAACGUGAA